CAUGCCACGUCUGAGCUGAAAAAAGAACUAAAUCCCUUGGGCCAAAUUCAUUCCUGAAGUUGCUUGAUUGAACACAGUGCAUUUACACUGAGCACAGAUUUGGCUCAUACCUGACUUUGUCAGCAUUCACUGUGCUGUAACUAAGUAACAAGAGCACUGUCGUUAGGGGACAGAUGAAUAGCUUUCUCUACGGUUAUUAGAGCACCGAGCACCUUUAAGGAGUGCAGAAUCUGUGAAAGGAGGAGUUGGGGAAAAGGACACCGCUCCUUUUAGAGUCUGUGUAACAGAACUGAUAAGCUAUUCCUGUGAUGUGAUCGAAUGUGACUGAAUACUGCAGGCUCUUGGACUCUUAUUCUGUAAAAUCCACAGGAGAGCAGCACAGGAAAAGAUCGGAGGAAACAGCUUCUGCUGUACUAAGAAAGAUGCUGGAGAACUCUUCAGUCCCUUUGUUCAUUGUCUUCAUCCUGCUUUUCAUUUUGCUGCUCAUUGUGUUGCUCAUGAGGAAAAGCGGCACUGCUGCCCUUAUCUGGAAUGAAAUAAUCCGGGAGAAAGUAACCAAUUUCAUCAUGAAUCAGAGCAAAGAACAGCGGAUUUUAAAUUUUGUGCUGCAGAAUGCAGUCCGAGGAGACCCCUGUAGUGUGAUGGACACUAUAGAUAAGUACUGCUCCCAGAAAGAGUGGGCCAUGAACGUGGGCAAUGAGAAAGGUCUGAUUCUUGACAAGACAGUUGAAGAGGCCAAUCCAUCAGUUGCCCUGGAGCUGGGAACAUACUGUGGCUACUCAGCAGUGAGGAUUUCUCGGCUACUGAAGGCAGGAGCUCGUCUGCUCACUGUGGAGUUCAACCCAGAAUUUGCUGCUAUAGCUAAACAGAUGAUUGAGUUUGCUGGAGUACAAGAUAAGGUGAAACUCCUAGAAGGCCCUUCAGAAAAAAUUAUCCCCCAGCUGAAAAAAAAAUACGAAGUAGAUACUCUGGAUUUCGUCUUCCUGGACCACUGGAAAGACAGAUACAGACCGGACACCAUCCUGCUUCAGGAAUGCAACUUGCUGAGGAAGGGCUCAAUUCUUCUGGCUGACAAUAUCAUUUUCCCAGGAGCUCCAGAUUUCCUUAACUAUGUCCGCAAGAGCCCCCACUUCAAAUGCACUAACUACCCAUCUCAUCUGGAAUAUAUGCAAGUGGAAGAUGCUAUGGAGAAGGCUGUGUUUUUGGGAUAGAGAACCAUUAAUACUCAACUUUUGUUUCAAAUUAUAUAAAUGCAACUGCACAGGUUAACUUGUCCAUGCUUUAAAGUUUGGGGGUUUUUAUCAUUAUUACUUUUUUAUUUUGGAGCCUGUAAGUAAACAAGCGCUAGUGGAGAUCUUUUUAGGCGAGGUGGCAACCAAGAUCAGGACUAAGUAGAGUCKGUGCCAUCAUUCCACAGAAUUCAGCAAACCCAAGGUGAUGUACAUUGCCUGGCCUUGACCAACACAUCAUCAAACAAAGUCUSUUAUUUUGAGUUCAAGCUUGAGCAACAGUUUGGGUUUAGUGUGGAGAAAUACACUGCAACUUUUGAAGACUUGAGUCCCCGAGCUUAACUCAUUAAUCAUUAGCAAGAGUGGAAAAAACAUCCAUGUUGCARGAAAAGAACAUUCCAUGUGCUCUAUUUUUGCUAAAUUACUAGCAUGCCUCUUGAUGCAGUGAAGGCCCCUAUUGUCACAUCAGAUACUUCUUUGCACAUUUACUGCAAAAGUUAAUCAUCUCUAUGUGAGAGAAAAGGGCAUGCACUGAAAGAAAACAGACCCAUGCAAUGAUGAGAAAAACAAAACAGAAUUUUGAAAACACGAACAAAUAAAAUUAUUAAUCUGUCCAUGAAGGAAGGGAAAACUGAAUUAGUAAACAGUUUAAAAUAARCACAGUAACAAACAGGUAACAAAAGGAGUAGACUCUUUCAAAAAGAAUACAACUAUGUAAUAUUUGACCUUGAUAAAAUGCUGAUUAUUCCCUCGUUACACUGUAUAUAUGUAGUAUAUGCUUUUAAGGGGCAGGGGAAGCUGCUUACUCUGAAAUGUUGUGUAUGUUUAAGAUGCUGUAUGAAAAUAAAGACCAGAGAGAAUGGGUUUA